GGUCCUUGCACCUACAUUCCCAUCAAUUAAGCUUGCACCUUUUCUUGAACUUGCAGUAUCUUCUUACUGCAAUCAGCAAACAGGAAAUCGCUGGUCUUUUUAGCUUCUCUCGCAGGUCCAAGUCGCACUAUUAUGGAUAUCGACAAUCCACCACCGCAGGAUCUUGACUCAGUUGAUCCCGCCGAGUCAUUGCGCGCAGCCGCUUUGCUUUCAAGAAAGCGUCGUAAAGUUGCUGUCGAGAAACCACCAGUACUAUCUCAACGUCCUCCGGUCGAGCAGACUUUGCACCUAGAUUACGGUCAAGAAGAUAUUGCUACAUCCUCAGCACCUUCUGCAAAUUUUCCUGCGAAAGAAACACGGGCUCAAUCGACAUCAGAGGAGGUUCCUGAUUCGAUACCAGAAAUUGAAGAUGGUCAGAUCCGAGAGGAAGGUGAAAUCAGCGAUACGGAAGAAGCUGUUCCGCCGCCAAGGCCUACCUCACCGCCUCCAAAAUUUCGGAGGCUCGAGACUUCCUCGAAGGACACUGUCGCUCCCAAACUUGUUCCUACCUCUCCAGUCGAGUCAAAUAUUAGGCAUAGGCCUUCACCUCGCCUCGAAUCUCCUUUCACCUCAAGACCUGCCUUCGAAUCAGAAAUCUAUCAGUCACCGCCACCAACUUUCCUGCAACCAUUCAUUCUCGAAACGCCCACGUAUAGACUUGACCAAGAUCAUGUCAGGCCAGGGCUCGCCAUGACCGAAGAUCAGUAUAAUACUGCAAAAGACAUCGUCUUGGAUCUACUCGGUUGGGGUGUUCCCCCCGAGUACCUCAUCGACUGUGGCCUUAGCCGUCACGCCGUGUUCUAUGUUUUCACCGAACUUAAUUUGCGGAUGCCCACAAAUUUGGAUACCAAUGGGCUCAUUCCAUACCCUACGCCUGAAAUGAUCUCCAUUCCCGCUUCACCUUCCCAAUCAAUUCAUUCCUCCUCAUCAGCGAUGCCCCCGCCGCUAACCAUCCCUUCUCACAAAGAGUUGACUAGCCCAAUUUCGGUUACUUCCCAUCACUCACGUGGCAGACUCGCUACUCGUCGUGGCUUCCAUAUAUCGUCGGGGGGUGAGCCUACUGACGUGAAGGUGGAACCCACAUCCCCAUCAGCAACUGACUCGUCAUCUUCUCAUUCUCUUCACAAGAUCGAACAGCAACGACGACAAGAGCUACUGGCUCGAAAAGCUGUUUUCGCUUCUCGCAAGGCCAAGCAAUCUGAUUCCCCUGGCGGUUCAUCUUCAAGAGACAGGGACGUUGAAAUGUCCUAUGUUGCUCCAACUGAGAUUGUUGAAGAUUUUUUGAAGAGUAUUCCUGCCGUGGACGGCGAAAUCGCAGAAAAUGGUAGUAAAUCUCCAUCCUUGCGCCCGGCGCGGUACUCCAGCCCUGAAAACAUGGAAAUUGAUAAGGCGUUCCUUGGUCUUGUUACACCGCAAUCGGCCUCUUCUACGGAACCAUCUGCUUUCUAUUCAACUGAUUCAGAAACAUCUGGAGCAGGCGGUACUAUUUCGCCGGGGACUGAUGCUCCACCUUCGUCCGGCAAUUCCACUGCACCAUCCUCGGAUACAUAUUCUGGUGCAUCUUCAUCUACCGCGCCGGCUGAUUACUCUAAUUCCACUACUCCAAUACUCGCGUCCGCUACUUCGGGUUAUGACAUCAAUGGCGUACAACGAAGGGGCACUAAGCGACCAGUCGCUGCAGACUUCGUUGAUUUUGACCACGGUCCUGGUACUUUCAGAGCUUCUUCUGGCAACGGUUAUUCGAGUAAUGGUUAUACGCAUCCCAAUCUACUCCGACGGAAUACAGGGAGUUUUGCGGGAGUGAGUGGCAUGCGACGAUGUGUCAUCGAACUGAGCGAUAGCGAGGAUGAUGGAGAUGGUGAAGGGGCUGGUGAUACUGGUCCAUAUGACGGACCAUCAUCAUACUCACCCAUGGUCUUCACGCGUCCCCCACGCUUUAGUGGAAAUGGGACGCCAAUUUUGUCCAAUAGUUUUGUUAACGGCGAGGGGCGUUCGACUCCCCUGAAUCUGCAUCAAUCCAACCCCAAUGCGUCGGGUAUGUCGCCUGCUGCUCUCGUUGAGAAAGAGGAGGAGAUCAAAAAGAUGCGUCAAAUGAUUGCUCAGCGAGAAGAGCUUCGGCAGAAAAAACUUGCCGCCAUGUCGGGAAAAGCGACGCCGGCAAUCCAACCUGCAGCCGCAGGGCCUCUCACAGCCGAUCCUGCCGUACUUCCUUCGACCGCCGUGGUCAAAUUGGAAGGUGGUCCCGGAGCGCCCAUCAACCAGGAGGACGCCGCUACGCCCCUUCAUAAUAGCCAUGUUAGGGGUGCACAGUCAUCUGAAGAUGCUGAAGAUGCCGUCAUGGCAGAUACACAAGGUUCGCUUUAGCCUUUAUCGCUCUCUGCCUAUGUCGUCUUCGUACAGCGUUGUCAUGUCGUGGCAUUGAUUUCAUUGCAUUUCAACUGCGAUCUAUUUUUGAGUAUAGACUGCGUCUGCCCUUGAUUUCCACACUCUUUCCUUUCCUCAUAUCG